CUGGUUUCGAACAGACACAACAACAUCCCUACAAAUCCACAUCGAAGCUCUGAAAACACGCAUAUCAGAGCAAAAGCACCAACUAAGCCUACCAAACAACCACAUCUCGCGAAAAAAAGCGCACAAAAGCACCCACAAAAUGCCCCGUCUCGCUCGUGUUCUUGCCGUACCUCUCCCACCCCGAGCACGCCUCGCUCCCCUCUCCCUUCCUCGUGCAACCCUCUCCGCACCCGCACCUGCACCCCAAUCUUCCAUCCUCUCUUCUCUACGCACGCCCACAUCCACAUUCGUCGCUUCUCGCCCUAUGGCACUUUCAUCACCACCCAUUCCCACCCACAUCCUUCCUUCUUUGCCGGCGUUCUCUCCACUCGGUGCGCUUCGACAUGUUGCCAUGGGCGCCUUCUACCAACCUUCCCAGAGAAAGAGGAAGAACAAGCACGGGUUCUUGAGUAGGCUUAAAGGGGGCAAAAAUGGGAGGAAGACGUUGCUGAGGAGGUUGUUGAAGGGAAGGAAGUUUUUGAGCCAUUAGGAGGUUGAAAGAUGCUAGGGACUGUUGAAGGCUGUCUACAUGUAUGAGGACGUGGAGAGAUCUUGGGGUUUACUGCUCAUACAAAGCUAUAUAUGAUUCAUAAAAAGGCAUUUACAAACGUGGGUAUAAAUUCCCCUGAUGACCUUGCGAAGUAUCGUUACUGCUGCUUAGCACACAUCAAAACUCAUUUCACACUG